GUCAUGUACGAGAAGGGCCACCUGCUGAAGGUCUCAGAAUCGCAACAUGUAGACAAAGUGUGGAAGACGUACGACCAAGAGGGGCUCGACCUCCCGCCGAUCAUGGUGCGCUCCACGCUCACCUGCGAGGCCCCCGACGGUAUCUGCGCUCGCUGCUACGGAGAGGAUAUGUCCAAGCCGGGGACGCUGGUCGCCCUGGGCACCCCGGUCGGCGUCAUCGCCGCGCAGAGCAUGGGCGAGCCGGGCACCCAGCUGACCAUGCGCACGUUCCACACCGGCGGCGCCUUCGAGGGCGGCGCCUUCGAGGGGACGCAGGCCGCCGGCCCCGGCACCAUCCACCUGGUGGACAGCAGCGGCCAGCCCGUCGUGGCGACUGGCGGCCCCGAGCAAGGA